AUGACGGCAACUUCGCCCAAUCGAAGUUUUUGGUGUUUUCUGAAGGUCUUGAACAACUAAAAAAGAAGUCGACAGACUAUUCUUCUCGCAGGUAAGGAAAUUUGAUGAUUAUGUGGGUCAAGAAUAAGUUUAGAAUAAAGUCCGUUCGUUUUAUUGCUGAACGAAUCGCGAAGGAGGUUCUUUUGGACGCUAAUAGUUCUUCCAUGAUUUUUCGCCGCCGCUUUCAUCACUCGUGAGUAGUUGGAUGGUUUUUGGAAACUUGAAAAUUUCCUCAUACAGCAAAAAUGAAAAAAGUUUUAUUGAAAAACAAAAAUCUUAUAUUUCAUUUUUCAUGUGAUCAAAGAGCGAUCUCAACUGAAAGGGGCUUUUGAGCAAGGUUUCAAUUUAUUAGAUGAACAUUUUCGAAGUUUUUCACUUGCUGUCUAGGGAUCACUUAAGAGUGCUGAGGCUACUAAAGUGGUAACUAGAAAUGCCCCGACAUGUCCGGUUCACGUCCCGCUCGCGUUACCAAAGUCCGAGAAAUAAUAUAUAUAUAUAAAUAUAUACAAAAAAAAUAGCUUAGCCCUGGAGCUCACUUUCAGCCGACUCGAGCGCCUGUAAAGACUUACCUGUUUUGUUUACUAUAUUGGGACCUUUUUUCUGACUUAUUUUGUGAAUGGCUAUGUGAAAUGCUGUGCUCACGCACCCAACUGAAUACUGCUUUCAUUAUUCCUUUCUAAUCGUCUUCUCGUUGGGAAAAGACAAGGGAGGUCAUUUUAGUGUACCUUUUCGAAUUUUUUGAUGAAAAUCAGUUCUCUGAAAGUUUGGAUGAAUUGCCCCGCCGUUUUCUAACUUGUUAAAUGUGAAUUCCGGGAGUUUUUUAACCUUGCAUUUGGGGUUUGAAUUAUUAGAGAAAGAACUGAAGAAUUUUCGAGCAAAGAUUCAGAAAAAGCCAAUCUUGACACAAAAAUAACCUCCCUUGUUGAAAAAAUUUCUCCAUCCCAAAUAUUCCUUUAGGGAGUUUCACCACGGAAAAACUACCGCGAUAUCCAUUCUCCGGCUUUUCUCAACUACAUCGUUAUCGAAAGGUCGACGAGCGACUGGAAACGAAAUUCUUCUGAGUAGUUUUAUUGUUUUAGCUCCCUUUCCCUUUGCCGUUCAGUUUGGAUUGGCCCACUUUUUCCCGUUUCUUUUCCCCCUGAUUUGAAAAAUUCAUCAUGUGCCAUAGUUUUUCAUUAUUUUUUUCAUUAUUUUCAAUAUUUUUCCGUUUUUUUCUUCUUCUAGCAUUUUUGUUCUACUCGACUGUUUUUUUGUUUUUACUUAUCAUUUUUUUAUUUCACUGAGCAGUUCAUUGUUCUGCCUGAUCUCAUCUGUACUAUGGUUAUAGUUUUUUUUAUUUUUUCCACUUAGUUUUUUAUCCGAAUUUUCUCAGGCUCAUUUUCCAUCCAUUCUUCCGAUCUAUUUUCAAUAAUUUGUAUCACGGAAUAUCUAAAAGAGCCUUACAAAAAAUCAAAAAAAUUAAAAAAAAAAAAUUAAAAAAAAAAAAAAAAAAUUAAAAAAAAAAAAAAAAAAAAAAAAAAAAAAAUAAAAAGUAAUGCCGUGUUCAAAGUAAUUCCGCGAAAUUCAAAAUAGCCGUCAGAGAAAGAGAAAGAUAACUAAAUUUUGGAGGGUCAGAGACCAUUUUGCAUUUCGCGGAAAUUACUUUGAACACGGCAUAAAAAAAAAGGCCAACUCAGUUGUAUUUAUUUUUUGUUUGUACCAUCUAGCACUUUUGUCCAUUCCGGGCAUACCGUCAAAUCGUUGCAGCGUCAAGCCGAAUUUCUCAAGAAAUCUCGAGAAUCCGUCGAUGUGAAUGGUUAGCUUUUUAAUUGGAAAAUUACAUUGACGAAAAAUUUCAGGAAGCUCUAUUUUUAUGGAGAAGAAGUCGACAAUACUUCGAAAUUUGAAGAAAAAUGAAGCCGGCAAUACUUCAUACUUUGCUCAACUUCGGUUUUGGUUAGUUUUCUGCUUUUUCUACAUGAUAAAAUGAGAUAAUCUUCAGAAAAACCGAAAGUUUCAAAUCAAUGAGCAAGCUCCCCGCACAAGGAUGGGACUUUUCCCAUCCGGAAAAAUUUUGCGAUUUCUGUGAUUCCAGCUUAUCAUCAUCAAUAUCCAUAUUUAUUGGUCAGAGUCCUUCUCGGUUAGUUUUCUGAUCUACUUGAAAAUCAUACGGGAAACAUUCAGGGAAAAGCUGCAAAGACGUCUUUCAUCAGCAGGAAUGAACUGAACCAGAAUAGAAUGUUCGGCUUACGUGAAUCCAGCUCUGUCCUCAACGACAAAUUGUUUUUACUUUCUCGGAUAGCGGCGAUCCUCGAAAUAUCAAACAAGAGGUAAUUUAAAAAACUACAAACUCCAUUGACAAAAGGAAAAUUUCAGUUUGAAGUGGACAAAUUCGGAAACUAGACGCCGCAAUUCCAUAAACUUUGGAAACCUCAUCGUCGGAAAAAAAAACUUUUUCCUUGAAAUUACGCUCCAGGUGUGUAACCUGAUCUUAUUUACAGAAAAAAACAUUUUUAUUCAGAUUUCAAUAAGAGCAAACUCCAAGUAA